UCAGGGAUACAGCAACUCGUUCAGAUCAGUAUCCGGAUAUUACCAAAUCUAACAUUAAUAAACAUUAAUAAACAUUGUCUGCAUGGUGCUGGCAACUAGUGUUGCAUUGACUUUGAAACCAACAGCAGAAGUAAAAGGAUCUUGCUGAUGGUCUUCAGGAGACAACAACAGAAACGACUUAUCAGCAAACACUGAGCACCAGGGCUGGCGGGGGGAUAGGAGGGCCUUCCUAUGGGCGCGACAUGGGGAACGGUUCCAUCAAAGGCCCAAGAAUGGAGGAGAGCUGCCUGGCCUCGGCUGCUAAGGAGCCCCCUCUUCCUCUGGAGCUUGUGGAGAGCCUGAAGGGCAGGAUCAGGGGGCUGGAGGAGGAGCUGAGGCUGAGGGAUGAGCGUCUGGGAGCGCUGGAGAAGGAGCUCCAGUCCAAGGUGUCCCAGAUCGACAAGCUGCAGGACGCGCUGGGGUACAACAGCCUGGCCCUGUCCUCGCCCCGGGUGAGCCCAAGCCAGAGGCUGCUCAGUGUCAUCAAUGAGGGGCCCAAGAGAUUCCAGCAGGUGGCAGCGGAGGUCCACCGGCGCCUCAAAGCCAAGGAAGGGGUCUCGGCUGAGCCCACCUCCCGGAACUACUACAGCCACAACCUCCAGCACUUCUCCUUUGAGCGGGCGCGGGUGGGCAAGGACUCCAGCACUAAGAAGCUGAUCAAUGAGGCCAUCAUGAACAAUGACUUCUUGAAGAAGCUGGAUCCCCAGCACACCAGGGACAUGGUGGAGUGCAUGUAUGAGAAGACCUACCAGGAGGGACAGCUGGUCAUCCAGGAAGGAGAGCCAGGGAACCAUCUCUAUGUUCUAGCAGAGGGGUUGCUAGAGGUCAUACAGAACAAUAAGCUUCUUGGGCAAAUGCAUGCUGGGACAGCCUUUGGUGAGCUGGCCGUACUGUACAACUGUAAGAGGACAGCAACCGUAAAAGCGGUGACCCACACCAGGAUCUGGGUUCUGGACCGGCAGAUCUCUCAGAACAUCAUGAUGAGGACCGCCAAGGCACGGCAUGAGGAGUACUUCAGCUUCCUGCGCAGUGUUUCUUUGUUAAGAGAUUUGCCCGAAGAGAAGCUUUCAAAGAUCAUUGAUUGCCUGGAAGUGGACUAUUAUGACAAAGGAGAAUAUAUCAUACGAGAGGGAGAAGAGGGAAACACCUUCUUCAUCAUAGCCGUAGGAGAGGUCUGUGUGACGCAGACAAUGGAUGGCAGUCUAGAUCCCCAGGAAAUUAAAACUCUAGGUGUGGGGGACUACUUCGGGGAGAAAGCAUUAAUAAGUGAGGAUGUUCGUUCAGCUAACAUCAUUGCAAAUGAGAACGAUACGCAGUGCCUCGUUGUUGACAGAGACACCUUCAACCAGAUGGUGGGGACGUAUGAAGAGCUGCAGACCUACCUGAAGGAGUACGUAGAGCAGCUGUCCCGCAGCGACGAGGAGAGGAACGUUGUGCCCCUGUCUCCACUGGUGGACAGUGAGGUCACCAGGCUGAGGGAGAAGAUCAGCCCCUUUGCUACGGACACUCCCUUCCAGCACCUGGAGAUCAUCGCCACGCUGGGCAUGGGAGGCUUUGGCCGCGUGGAGCUGGUGAAGCUGAGAGAUGAAGACACAGCCUUUGCACUGAAGUGCAUCAAAAAGAAGCACAUCGUGGACUCACGGCAGCAGGAGCACAUCUACUCUGAGAAGAACAUCCUGCAGCAGAGCAGCUCCCCGUUCAUCGUCAAGAUGUUCCGGACUUUUCGGGACAACAAGUACGUGUACAUGUUGCUGGAGGCGUGUCUCGGAGGAGAGCUAUGGAGUAUCUUGAGGGACAUGUGUUUCUUUGAGGAGCCAUCGGCCCGCUUUUGUAUUGGCUGCGUUCUCGAAGCCUUCAGUUAUCUCCACGGGAGAGGAAUUGUCUAUCGGGAUUUAAAACCAGAGAACUUGCUGCUGGACAAGGAUGGCUAUGUGAAAAUGGUAGAUUUUGGGUUUGCGAAGAGAAUCGGUCUUGGGAAGAAGACUUGGACUUUCUGUGGCACCCCAGAGUACGUGGCCCCAGAGAUCAUCAUGAACAAGGGCCACGACUUCGGAGCCGAUUACUGGUCCCUGGGAAUCCUGAUCUUCGAGCUCCUCACGGGGAGUCCUCCAUUUUCAGGAUCAGACCCCAUUAAAAUCUACAGCACAGUGCUGAGAGGGAUAGAGAAGGUGGACUUCCCCAAGCGCAUUGGGAAGCGUCCGGAGGAUCUCAUCAGAAGACUGUGCAAACUUAAUCCUGCAGAGCGAAUCGGAAACAAGAAGAAUGGGAUCAAUGAUAUACGGAAGCACAAGUGGUUUCAGGGCUUUAACUGGGAAGGAUUAAGAAGCAGAAAACUGUCUUCUCCACUGAGGAGGGAGCUGCAUGGACCACUGGAUCACAGCAACUUCGACACCUUCCCUCCUGAGCUGGAUGAGCCAGUCGAUGAGCUUUCCGGCUGGGACCGAGAUUUCUGAGGUUGGAGCUCCACAGAGAUUUCUGUGGUGGCUGGACCAGGCUGGAACCACAGUGAUUUCUGAGGAGGCAGGGCCAGGCUGGAGUUCCACAGUGAUUUCUGAGGAGGCAGGGCCAGGCUGGAGUUCCACAGAGAUUUCUGAGGAGGUGGGGCCAGGAUGGAGCACCACUGAGA